AUGUCGCUAUUUGGUCUGAUUAUCUCCGGACGCCUGCCGCAAUCGGAUUUUGUGGCCGUGGACUCCACCAAGCUGCUGGUCAAUGUGCCCGACAUCGAGUCCGUCAAUUACCUGGUAGUAUUCCUCACCGGCGUCUCCCCCCUGCCCGCUGGAACCUCGGCGGCGAUAUACUUCAGCUGGCCGGACGCGAAUGCGGCGCCCACAUGGCAGUACCUGGGUCACAUCAACAACAACAAGCCCUCCGCCAUCUUCAAGAUCGCCCAGCUGAAGAAGAGCCACGAGCUGGAGGCCCACGCCCACGGGAUGGUCUUCGGCAGCCAGGAGAUCUCGCACAUCGCCCAGAUCGGAGUCUCCCUCGAGCCGGAGCUAACGGUGGCACAGCAGACGCCAGCUGUGUCCACCGCCAACGACAACAAGCAGUUCGGCCAGCGGAUGCUGGAGAACUUCUUCAACUUCGCCUCCAGCUUCGGAGUCUCAGCCAGAGACAUCCCGCCUGCCUCGAGCGAGACCUUUGUGCCUUUCUCCGUCGUCCAAAACUGGUAUACGAAUUUCCAGCGCCGCAUGGAACAGAACCCGAACUUCUGGAAGUACUGAGGACACCAGAACGAUGGAGGAUUCGCCUCCGAAAAUUGUUGAUAUUACAAGUAAAGUUUUAUAUGUAUAUUCUUUCUGUAA